AUGAAGCCGCUCCCAUGUCUGACUACGCCCUCCGAUGACCCCAACGGUCGCCCGGCGCCACGCAGUGCCAAAGGGAAGAUCAGCAGCGACGCCACGCAACGCUGGAUGGCUGAUAAGAAGAGGUACGCCCCGUGGCACUACGAGUCGGGGGUCAUGAUGACGGACAGACAAGGCCGAUGCGUCCUACCGCCCGCCUCCGUCAAGGAACAAUUCCAUCAUCUGCCGGUCGGAUGGACGCGAGACCUACGAGACCACGCUCGACACAAGGCCUUGGCGAACGGAUGGCAUGCAGGAGCCGCUCGCCUCAUUUUCACCAUGGCUGUCUUUGCCGCCACAGCCCCGACCCCCUCUGCAGAGCUGAACCCUCUCGGCGGCACCGCGAUUGACAUCACGGCUUCGCUGUGGCAAGGCAAGCCCCCGCUCAUGGGCCCCGGCCCGGGCGACUACGACGACUUCGACCUCUCCUACCUGGACGACCCAACGGAACACUGGGCGCGGUCGCGCAUCAUGCCACAUCCCGACUUCCGCGACGCCGCCCUAGAGCCUGGUCUUGAACAGUGGUUGGAAAUUUGGAGACGAAUGCGCCCAUACCUACCAGACCUACGACACGCAGUUGUCGAGCAGAUCGAAGAGAUGGUCAUCGACAUGAGCGGAGUGACCAGCCAGUGGUUCGCCUCGCUGAAGCCCCACGUCCAGAAAGCAUACUUCAGCCAACAACGGACCUGCUCGCUACAGCUGCCGGUUCUACGCACCAGCGAGAGGUUUGGCUGGCAGGACCCCGACAUCUUCGACGAGCUCACUCGAGGUUUUCGGCUCCUGGGGCCGAUAGCUCCGCGACUUGGUUGGCGCAAACGCAACGACCUCCGCUACGCCAACCCGUUGGAGUUCAACGACUUCAUCGACAAGAAUGAACGCUACGUGUGUGACAAACUUCGGAGAUCUAGAGUUGACCCGUGCUGGGAACAGUUGGCGAACGAAAUUGCAGAGGACGUUCGCCUCGGACGCAUGGAGGGCCCAUUCACGAGUCCGACUUCUUGGCCCAAGAAAGCAGUUCCCCUCGCAACGCACACACACACAAGCAGACUUCUACCAGGCCCCGAAGCACACAAGCCGACGUGCUUCGCCUUCGCAGUACACCAGGUGGGUUCCGACAACAAGCCGAAGGUACGCAGAGCUGAGGACUGGAGGCGGUCGUUUGCAAACGCGACAGUGGGAGUCUCAGACACGCCACCUUACCACGAUGUCUCGACAUAUGUCCGCCUCGCGGUCGCGAUCAAAAGGGUCGAUCCAUCUGCAAGGCUUUUGAUAUGGGGCCUUGACCACGAGUCCGCCUACCGUCAGCUAGCCGCGGAGGACCCGGACCAUACUUGGGUAGUGCUGCCCACGCCACAUGGCAUUACUUUGUGGAGACACACAGUCUUUCAGUUGCGUCAGUAUGGUCUUAUUGAUGACAAGCUCGCACACUCCUCCUUCGAAUACUCGAAACGCCUUUGCCGUGCACUAGGUUUUUCUUUUAAGCAGUCUAAGGAGCAGCCGCCGGAACAUUCACAAGUCAUCCAAGGUGUGGACAUCUCAGUGCACGCGGACUACGUCAUGGUGCAAGGCACGUCUUCGCGUCGCCAACGACUUGACGCAGACCUGGUGGCGGUCCUCACUACCGACAGACUACCACCGCACGAGGCUUCGAGCCUGGCCGGGAAGCUUCAGUUCUUCUGCCAGGCCCUGAUGGGCAAGUCUCACGCAGCAGCUUUGAGGCCACUCUUCGCUCGUGCCAGGCUGACAGGCCACGGCCGGGACAACGCCGAAUGGAGACUGAACGACCAGCUUCGCCACGGCAUUGGUCUCAUCCGAUGGAGCACAUCACGCCUCGCCACGACAGCUGAUGACUGGAGGCCUUCGGACGAGGACAUACCACAGUGGGGAAGGACACCACCAGAGACGCUUCGCAACGGUUGGGGCUUCGUAGCCACUGCCCGUGGCCAGACCUUCUACGCUGCAGGUCGAGUUCCUCACUGGUUUGUUCGAAAAUUCGCAAGCCGCAGAGCCUACAUAUACAUGCUUGAAAUCGUGGCUCAAAUCCUGCCGCUGCUCGUCCUGUACGAUCGCAUCGACCAGCACGUGAUCAUGUUCGUGGACAACGAACCAGCUCGCCACGCUCUGUCAAAGGGCUUUGGCAAGGACGAGUCGAUCAACAGACUGCUCCAGCAUAGUUGGCGAUACAUAGAAGAGAUCCGGCUCCGGCCCGCUUGGCAACGGGUCACUUCCUCAGCCAACGUGAGCGACGCAGUUAGUCGCGGUGACCUUCGCCACGCCCGCGCUGAAGGCUGGACCUUGGUCGAGGCUGAUUGGGACGCA